UGAGGAGGGAGUUGCUCUAUGCUAUUACCAUCAUUGUGUGAGGGUUUCAUAGCUUUAUCUACCGGUCGGGGGACACACAGCACAGAAGUGCAGGAGAGAUUAACAUUUUCAAGUCAACUUUGGCGGUGCCGGGAGAAAUGCUGCAGCUGGGGUUUGUUUUUUAGCGCCGAAUUCAGAAGAAACCAGGAAAUAACUUGCGCUUCACAUUUACAUACAGAAACACAAAGAAGAUGGCCCCCGGGAGGAUGGUCCCCUCGCUCGAGCAGGCGUUCAGGAGGCGGUGGUGGAUGGCCGUCACAGCCGUGUUUGAAAAUUUGUUUUGUUCAGCAGUGUUGUUGGGAUGGGGUUCUCUGCUCAUCAUGCUCAAACAAGAGGGCUUUUACUCUCACCUGUGCACAGAAAAUACGACUGAGAUUGUAAACGCGAGCACAUCAGAUGAAUGGUCAAGCUGUGUGGAGCAGGAGGAGAUGUUGAACCUGGGCUUCACCAUUGGCUCAUUUCUGCUCAGUGCCGCCACGCUGCCAUUGGGCAUUCUCAUGGACCGCUUCGGCCCCAGGCCAAUACGUCUUUGUGGCAGUGCGUGUUUUGCAGUCUCUUGUGCGAUGAUGUCUCUGUCGUCCCAUAAUACCGAAGUUCUUUCAGCUCUCAUUUUUUUGGCUCUGUCACUCAACGGCUUAGGAGGGAUCUGUCUGACCUUCACAUCUCUCACGUUGCCAAACAUGUUUGGAAGUCUGAGCUCCACCGUGAUGUCACUAAUGAUCGGCUCGUACGCAUCAUCGGCCGUAACCUUCCCUGGAGUCAAGCUGAUAUAUGAUGCUGGGUUGUCGUUUACUGCGAUCAUGUGGUUAUGGGCGGGACUUGCGGGUCUGGUCCUGGUCAACUGCGCUCUGAACUGGCCUUCAGAGGGGUUUCCUACACCUGAAGAAAUCGAAAUGAGGAAAAUGCGCUCAUCUGAAAACCACAGUUUGUCUCCAUCUGAAGAAGCUUCAGCAGAACUGAAGAGAUCUACUGAGAAACUACCAGCUGCUGCUCAGGAUACACAAAAUUCUAUUCCAUUCCGACGCUCCGUGUUCUCACCCAUCUUCCUGUGGAGUCUGAUCACUAUGGGAAUGACCCAGCUAAGAAUCAUCUUCUUUAUGGGAGCCAUGAACAAGAUGCUGGAGUUCCUGGUUACCCACGGAGAGGAGCAUCCCUCAGAAGAACUAAAGCAUGUGGCUGAGGAAAAAGUUAACUUCUAUUCGUCCAUCUUCGGCACGCUGCAGCUGUUGUGUUUGGUCACCUGCCCUCUGAUUGGCUACAUCAUGGACUGGAAGAUGAAGGAAUGCGGUGUGGAUCAGAACAUGGUGGAUGGAGGAAAUGAAUCUGGGUCCAAACCGAAGCGUGACGGAAAGAUCCAAAAACUGACCAAUGCCAUGAGAGCUUUCAUCUUCACAAACACGCUGCUGCUUAUAUUUGGAAUCUUAUCGCUUAUAGACAACUUACCUCUACAGAUUCUGACAUUUAUUUUGCAUACUAUGGUACGAGGUUUCAUUCACUCCUGUUGUGGAGGCAUGUAUGCUGCCGUGUAUCCGUCGAAUCACUUUGGUACCCUUACUGGUCUGCAGUCUAUGAUCAGUGCAAUAUUGGCCCUUCUGCAGCAACCCCUCUUCAUGGUUAUGGUGGGACCUCUAAAUGGAAAUGCUUACUGGAUCAACGUGGGUCUUCUGAUCUUCUCAUUUGCUGGUUACUUGUUGCCGGGAUACCUGUUUUACCAUCGCAGACAACUUUUGCAGGAGAAAGCAAAAAGAAAAGCUAACGGUCACGCUCUUACCGAGAGUGAACCUCUAAACGGACACAUCAAUGGUCACGUCCCACACGAUGCUUAAUUUAUAACGGAGCACCACACGAGUGCCAAAGGACUUCUCACAUUUCAGAAAGGACCCAACAUUGAUGUGCUAUUUUACCAAACUCUGACUUUUUUGACAUCCUCACUAAGAAAACAACUUCUUUUGGAGGCAUUUGGGAGACAAUAGCAAAAACUGGUGUCUUAUCAGUAUUGGUUUGUUCAACAGUUAACCUAUUUAAAACAAAUGAGUAUUUUUGUAUUGAAAACCUCAAAAAGAAUGCCUGUAAAAAUAUGCAAUUUUUAGAUAGUUUUUAAAAUAAAUAUUUUCUGAAUUGUAUAGCUGGACUGUAAUUCACAGAAUCUGUCCUGUUUCACCAAAGAAAAGUGUGUUGAGUAUUAAAUUGUCUGUUUAAGAUUUAAGACACGAUUAGCAUUAUUAUUUCUGUGAAUACCAAAGACACAGACAAUGGAGGUAAAGUGUAUCACUUUAUACUCAAUUUCCGUUCACUACAGAUGCAUUGCUACUGCAAGUAUUUUCCCCUAAGGCUAAAACAUUUCGGGCAGAUUUAAAAAGGGCAGAAAUGAAUUGUGUGUUGCUUUUCUAUAUGCAUUUUAAUUUCAUUGUGAAGAAGUGUAUUUUUGUAUUUGUUUUGCUGAUCGCAUUGAUGUGUUAACCGUUUGUAUUCUGUAAAUAUGGCAACAUGUACUCGUGAUAUUUUAUUUUAUUUGCUGUAAAUAGAUGCUUGUGUGACGGGUGAUUUUAAAGGGUUUGGGUGCAUUCGAAAGAAAUUGUUUUUGUUAUGCUUUUUGCUUAUUCGUGGAAAACAACUAGUGCCUUAAGUCAUGAACAGAAUGUCACAUGAUAUAACUUAUAGUAGGAAGCCAAAGCCAUGUGUUUCUCUUACAUAGAUGUGAAUAAAUCUGUGUGACAGAGCCAGGAAGAAUGCAUCCCAUGUACAUGUGCAAAUACUUCAGUUACCAAAAACAAUAAAAGGGGUGUUCACACAUACUAACUGUUUUACUCAUGUGAU